UAUCCCAUCAUCCUACACAACAUUAUCCAAGCUCCAUUGGGUGGAUAACGUUUGAACUUUUGAAGUUUCCCAAGUUGCAGAAAUCUAUUGUGUUCUACCUCUACCACCACCACUACUACUACUACAAUACUCUCUUUUACCACAAUGUGGUGUAUCCAAUUCCGCACUCCAUUGAUUCCCCGGCAUUCACAUCUUAAACACAAGCAGCAUCUCAUGAGCACUCCUCAAUUGCUUCGCUUCACUAUCAAUGAGCCUGCCGACCUUAUUCCGCUCCGACAAAACCACCUUUCACUGCCAUCUCCGAGGGCCUAUGCCAUCCCCAAUUCCCUUGUUCUUGGUGUCUCAUCGCCCGCCAAAUCCGGCAGUGACUUAUCCAUCCUCCUCCUCACCAGUGCAGCACUUUUCUUUCUCUACUUCAUAGCAAAUUUCAUCGUGCCGAGUUUCAUCUCCAAGAGUUUCCAGCUUGAUAACACAAGUGAAGAUCAGGAGCGUAACGAUGAUAGCUCCAUUUAAGAUGGCAAUAACUCAAGCAAGCUCAGAAACAAACAGACAGACAAACAAACAUGGAUUCAAGAGCACCAAAACGUUAAAGCGUGUGGCUGAUGUUGUCUGGCAAUCUUUAGUGCCAAUCAUUUUUAGUGUGAUUUUAGUAAGAAAACUUUUGCUCC